GGGCCCUCAGAGCCCAGCCUGGCCCGGCGGAGCGGGCGCUACGGCCGCGGCCGGAGCCGCGUCUGUACGGCUCCAACAUCUGCCGGGGCUCGGGCUGGGGUCCGGGCCCCUAAGGCAGCCCGAGCCCCCGGGGCAUGGCCCUCCGGAGAGCGCAGGGCGACGGCCCCACUUUCAGCCGCUGGAACGGCGGCUCCGAGAAGGCAGAUUUUAAUGCCAAAAACAAAAAGAAAGUGGCAGAGAUAUACCAGGCCCUGAAUAGUGAUCCCACUGACGUGGCUGCCCUCAGACGCAUGGCUAUCAGUGAAGGAGGGCUCCUGACGGACGAGAUCAGACGGGAAGUGUGGCCCAAGCUCCUCAAUGUCAACACCAGUGACCUGCCACCUCAGUCAGGGAAGGACCUGCGGCAGAUGAGCAAGGACUACCAACAGGUGCUGCUGGACGUCAGGCGGUCUCUACGGCGCUUCCCUCCCGGCAUGCCGGAUGAGCAGCGCGAAGGGCUGCAGGAAGAGCUGAUCGACAUCAUCCUCCUGGUUUUGGAGCGCAACCCCCAGCUGCACUACUACCAGGGCUACCAUGACAUUGUGGUCACCUUCCUGCUGGUGGUAGGCGAGAGGCUGGCAACUUCGUUGGUGGAAAAACUGUCUACCCACCACCUCAGGGAUUUCAUGGAUCCCACGAUGGACAACACCAAGCACAUUUUAAACUAUCUGAUGCCCAUCAUCGACCAGGUGAACCCGGAACUCCACGACUUCAUGCAGAGUGCUGAGGUGGGAACCAUCUUUGCGCUCAGCUGGCUCAUCACCUGGUUCGGCCACGUGCUGAUGGACUUCCGGCACGUUGUGCGGUUAUACGACUUCUUCCUGGCCUGCCACCCGCUGAUGCCCAUUUACUUCGCAGCCGUGAUUGUGUUGUAUCGUGAGCAAGAAGUCCUGGACUGUGACUGUGACAUGGCCUCAGUCCACCACCUGUUGUCCCAGAUCCCCCAGGACCUGCCCUACGAGACACUCAUCAGCAGAGCAGGAGACAUCUUCCUCCAGUUUCCCCCCUCGGAACUCGCACGUGAGGCAGCUGCCAAGCAGCAGGCUGAGAGAAUGGCAGCCUCUACCUUCAAAGACUUUGAGCUGGCAUCGGCCCAGCAAAAGCCAGACAUGGUGCUGAGGCAGCGCUUUCGGGGAGUUCUGCAGCCCGAGGCUCACACAAAAGAUGUCCUGACCAAACCAAGGACCAAGCGCUUUGUGAAACUGGCCGUGAUGGGGCUCACGAUGGUCCUGGGGGCAGCAGCGCUGGCUGUGGUCAAGAGUGCCCUGGAGUGGGCCCCCAAGUUUCAGCUGCAGCUGUUCCCCUGAAUUGGCCAGAAGAGCCACUUCCUCGCCCAGUACAGCAAGGGCCUCGCCCUCCGUGGGAGGCUGGAUUGCCAUGAUUAAAAGGGUUUCUGCCGAGGGUGAUGGGCUCGUGCACCCUUGCCUGCCUGUCCGUGUCCGCCUUGGCCUGGGCGGCAGCACAGCAGCAGAGCCGGCCUGCCGCCCGCAGUGCACCCGGGGGCCCGGCUGCCUCCUGGUGCUGGAGACGGGAGCCUCCCGGCUGCCAGGUAGAAAGUGAGCUGGCAGACAGGAGGGAAGGGGCUGCUCCACAGGGCCUUGCAGUGAAAGCGAAGGGGUGGGGGAGACCCGCCAGGGCGCCCAGCCUCCACCCAGGGCCCCACGCGAGAGCGCAGCGCCACUCGCUGAUUAGGUCCAGAGUCAGCCGUGGCCUGUGUCAGUCCAGGAGUCGUGGGCAUUCCCAGCCUCGUGAGGAGGAAGCUGGCUUCUGGUUUUGUCUGCCUUCCUUAUUCUCCACAAGCAACUUUAUGUAGAAAAGAUACUUUUAUUACUAUUUUUAGAACUCUCUACACCUGACAAGGUAGUCUUACCUUAAAAAUAAUAGUUCCUUCACGGAAGAGAUGAUCCUCAUCAGAGCUUCUGAGAGCCUCAAGUUACUUUCAGCUCCUCUGUGUGACCCUUCCCUUCCCCUUGGCGGCACCCCCGGUGUUCUGGCCCACUUCCUUUCUCUUCCCGUUUUCCAGUAGGUUCCACUCACUUCCUUCGCCUUGUCUUUGGGUUUAUCUCAGCUGUCAGUCUCCGCCUGGUUGGGAAUGUCAUUAGAAACUUAAGGGCACCCAGCAAAGGGCAGACAGCCUGAAGAGCCCUCAGGAGCCGCCCGGGGGCCCUGUCCCAGGGCUCCCCAGGGCUCCCCAAGGCUCUGGGAACAGGGGUUACUCAGUCCUUCUGGGACAGCUUUCCUGUGAGCAAAGCCAGGUGAACUCCAUGAACUCUGGCGUGGGGGAAAAAAAAAGUGCCUUUGCUGCUCUAGAGGAGGAGUGCUUGCGGCACGCGCGUGCUCCCCAUUCUUUUCUGGGCACCGCGCUCAUGGUGGCUGGUUUCUUAGUGGACGUGCCAGUAGCACUGUGCCCAGUGCCCACCUUGGUCACAGUUCCACACCCUCCCCAUGUGCCCAGGCAGCUGGGUGUCUGCUGAGUUACACGAAGCACUUUAAAGCCAAAACGCACGCACAGUGGGUCAUCCCCCAUGUGUGGUCCUGCCUGAGCGGGCGAGGACGUGGACAAAGGAAAACCCUUCGGGACUCAGAGGCAGUGGACAUCCGUGCUCUCCCAUGGCAACCUUGUCCUAAGCAGGGGGGAGGGGAGGGGAGGAGGCCCAUGCUGGAGUCCCAGGCAGCCGGUGGGGUUUGUGCUGUGGCCUGGGGCGCGGUUUGCCCCGGCCCUGCUCCCAUCGGGCCUCUCCCAGCCACUGAGGAGAAAGCAUUACCUAUUUACGUUCAGGUGAUUUAUUCUGUAAAGAAUAUGUGUAAAUAUUUUGUACAGAACCCUGUAUGAAAUAAACAGCCAUACGUGGUAA